GCCAAAUAAUAAACAUAUUCAGGACCCUGAUUAUGGUCUGUGCCACCGAUGGGAUGUUCAGUCGGUGAAGCGUGGGGCAGCAGGUUCUUGAUGCUGCUUCAGGGCGAAGGCCGAGGGCCUGUCAUGGAGGAGGAGUGCUCGGCUCGGCCCUGCGCCACUGACUUCUCCAUCGCCGCCAUCAUGGCAAGGGACCGCCAAGAGCGGAGGGCGCGAAGACACAGAGACCCUCGGGAAGACACACUUACACCUUUAGAAAAGUUCGUGGACGCGACAGCAUCCGCCUCUGGGUCCCCGUCACCACCUCUCCCCGAAUACGAGCGGGAUUCCCCCGUGGACGUUUCAUCUACCUCUGAAGCAGGAUCAGCUAGCGGAGCACCGAGCGGUACGAGAGCCGUUUCUCCCCCACCCCGAAACCCACAACUUACCGAACGCUGGUCCAGUGAAGAGACGAGACAUAUACAGUGCCAUCUUGAGACCAAGGAGCUUUGGGAUAAAUUCAAUAAUUUAGGGACGGAAAUGAUCAUCACGAAGACUGGAAGGCGCAUGUUCCCGACGGUGCGGGUAUCGUUCGCCGGGUGCCGUGCAGAGGCGCGAUAUGCUGUGCUGCUAGACGUUGUGCCAGUGGACGGGAAGCGUUACCGCUAUGCCUACCACCGGUCUUCAUGGUUGGUGGCGGGUAAAGCGGACCCCCCUGCACCCGCGCGCCUUUACCCACACCCCGACUCCCCUUUCUCCGGCGACCAGUUGCGCAAGCAGGUUGUCUCCUUCGAGAAGGUCAAGCUCACAAAUAAUGAAAUGGACAAAAAUGGACAGUUGGUGUUGAACUCAAUGCACAAAUAUCAACCACGAAUCCACCUGGUCCUGCGGCGGGAAGGCGCAAUCAACGCACCCAUAACCGAUCUCGAGCAAGAGGAAUUCAAAACAUUCAUCUUCCCAGAGUGCGUGUUCACCGCAGUGACAGCGUACCAGAAUCAACUUAUUACUAAGCUCAAAAUAGACAGCAAUCCGUUCGCUAAAGGAUUUCGGGAUUCAUCGCGUCUUACUGAAUUUGAAAGAUUCUAUAUCACGGGGGAGCACGAAAGAUCAUCAGUCUUUCCCGAUGACGCGCGCUUCAGCGCCGCCAAUUCUAGAGAAACGAUGGAGUCGAUGCUUGCAGAGCAGCAUUACUUGCGCUCACCUCUGCGACCGUUUGAUUUGGAUCAGCACAACAAUAACUUGACUCUGGAAGAGAAAGCUAUUCUGGCGGCUCGGUCCCAGCUAUUUCUACGUGCAGCGUACCCGCUAUAUGGUGUUCCGGCUGCAGCGCUGUGGGGGCAGUGGGCUUGUCUGGCUCCACAGUUACUUGCUCAGCAGCAUUUAGCAUCAGGGUCGGGGCUGCAGUUGCCCCGACCAGUUUAUCCGGGCGGAGUUCCGUCGUUAUCGCAACACAGGUUCUCACCAUACCCGCCACGACGAUCGUCACCGGGCUCCUCUCCGGACUCCCUCCGUGACGCGAGUCCUCUUUCAUUGCCACCCCAUCCCCCGCACACCCCUCAUCCACCACACAGUCCCACUUAGUGUUAACGAUAGUGCUAUACGACUCGAUCUCCUUCACAUUGCAAACCUAGAGGAUUAUUAGAGGAAUAAUGGAAUGACGCUGUAAUUAUGAUUGCACUUCUGUUUAAUUCUUAGUGCAUAGUAUUAUGUUAUAAACAUUGGAAUGUUCUAGUGCUUUCACAAGUUACGUGAGUGGAUAAAUAGACAGUGAAAUCGACCUUUUGUUAGG